GUGGAGUUCGGCUUGGCAGCUCUUUUGACUCCUUUGACACUCUUCACUGCAGAAUCGUUCAGGUCAGGAGUCAGGCCACUGAUGGGAGCAAAUAUAGUGGAAGCUCCACAUCGUUCGGAUUUGCAUAUUUUAGAAAAAUUACAUAUGGGAAAAUCAGGAAUAGAAAUACUACAUUCAAGUUACCAAAAUGUCAGAUACUUCCUCAACUAGUACUAAUCCGAAUGAUAUAUUUUCUGCAACAAAUCAAUCAGAAUGGGACCAGAAAAAGCAGGAUAUUAUGCUGAACUUGGGAUUGGAAAACAGUAAUGAAACAGAUCAAACUCCAACUCCCACAAGAUUUAUCCGUAAUUGCGAAGAAGUAGGACUCUUCCAAGAUCUCCAAAAUGUUAACCCUUUUGACGAAGUCUUCAAAAAAGCAGUUCAAAAUCCUACUGCAGUCACUCCACAGACACCUAUAAUCACAUCAGACGACACUUUACACACACCUCAAAUUUAUCCUCAUCUAGAUGAUGGUGAAUCGAAUCCAAAUAAUGAUUUUCCAAUGAGAGAUGAGGGCGAUAAUCCUUUAGUUAUAGUGCUGGAUCCUGAAAAAGAUAAAAUAACUGUAGCAAAAGAAAUGGUUAAAGCAGCAAUAAUUAAAAAAUCAAAUGCUGGUGCAAUAAUUCCAGUGCCUAUUAAAAACUUGAUAGACCUAAAUAAAAAUAUUAAAAAUAUUGAUGCCAAAGAAUGGCAGAAAGAAGCUAACAGAGUAUCACAAACAAGAUGUAGGAAAAGGAAACAAAAAGAAUAUGAAGAUAUGAAGGUGGAGAAUAAGCUUUUGAAGCAGCAAAAUAUAGAGUUGUGUAAUUUGAACUCAAAUUUGCAGCAAACCAUCAAGAAAUUACAAGAGAAAUUAAAAGAAUCCAAAUCAUCUCCCAGUGAACCAUCAGCAAUAAUCGAGAAUACCUCUGACAUGAGUGCCCGAAUAUCAGCAGUUUGUUUAACUCAGAAAAAGAAAAACUCAAAAAAUAUCCCAAUUGUGCCUAAAGGUGUAGUGAAAUCUAAAGUUAAACAAAUCCCAAUAAUAACAUCACCGCUUGCCUCUAAUACAGUAUUUUUGCAACUUCCCAAGGAAAAUAGUGAUAAUACUGCAAUAACUGUACCAUUGAGUGCUUUCCAAAGUAACUCAAAGACUGUUAUUAUGAUGUUACCACAAUCGCCACCUCAAAGUAAUUUAUUUACCCUACAGAAAAAACAAACCAAUCAGACUCAGACAGGCAAAUAAAAUGGAUAUGUGGCGUAUUGUUUUACAGCUGCGAACUUGAUUAGUGUAUGUCUUGUGUUUGUGAACAUGUAUAAUUAAUUUUGAAUUUGUUGAUCGGUACUAUCAGGAGAGAUUGAUUUAAUUGAUACUUGAUUUUCAUGGAAAUCCAUUACAAAUUUUAAAAGGAAACAAGAAGUUUCUAAAUUUCUACAUUUUUAUUUUUAGUCUGAAUCCAUCUAAAGAAGCACGGUGUGCUGAAACAUGUUAUGGCAUGAAAUUGUGGAAAUCUAGAAACUUUCCGACAGGGUAUAGCGUGAGAUAAAAUAUGGUGCUUAUUUGUUUUCACAGUGAAAAACAAAGCAUAGACAUUAUUAUACAGUAAGGGGCAGGCUACUAGGUAUAUAGGAUCCAACUUGACGAAUUUACGAUCGUCCGCAGCCGUCUGAACACCUGUCGCUGUCGGUCCGCUGUCGUUUUUUCGAUGACUUUGACGUUCAUAAACCAUGGUUCACAUCAGUACGUUUUAUGAUUUUACAGACUUAAGCCCGGUCCAGACGUUACGUUACUGAUCACGUGUUGAACUGUGCAGACAAAACUUGAUGCAAAACGUAGCAUCUAGACCGUGCUUUUAGAUGUAUCAUCGAGCUUCACUUACUUAUAAUUAUUAAACGGCGUGUAAGUAUAGAUAGAUUUUUUUUGGAACCGAAACAAUAAUCUAUGGAAAAAAAACAUGUAUUUUAAAAAAGCCAUCCAGGAAAAACUAAAAAUAUAUUCAACAUAAAAAAUAGAAAAAAAAUUAAGUAAAAUAAAAACAAAAAUUCUAGUUUUGACCCCAAAAACCUGGCUCGAUUAUCAUUUGCACUACAAUGUAGCAAAUGUUCAAACAGUCCCAGUCCACCUUCUUGAACUAAACAAUGACCUAAACGAUCAUAGAAGGCUCUACGAAUAUUAUUUAGCAUCACAGGGGUGACAGUUAGAUAUAUUUCUCGAAUUUUGGAACGCAGCUGCUCAAGGUUCACGGCGCGAUUCUCCUGAAAACCAUACAUUUUUGAUUUGCAAUAACCCCAGAGAAAAUAAUCGUUGGGUGCAAGAUCGGGAGAGCGUCACAGUAUUGUAGCUCUCGACCCAGCAAUGAGACGGUUCGGAAAAGUAUUAUUCAAAUGGUCCAGAAUGAAACCCGUAUUAUGGGCUGGACAUCCAUCUUAUUGAUACCAUAUUUCAUUAAAUCUAUAGGACCAGAUAAUCUUUCAAUUUCUGGAAUUAUCUGCCGUUGGCCCGUUGCAACAGAUCCAAAUAUUUUGGACCAGUUAAGUUAGCGUCCAUGAAGUACGGCCCAAUAAUAUGUUAUCCACACAAACCGCUCCAGACAGUUACCUUUUGACGACGCUGGGCUCUAAGCUCAAAAUACCUGUGUAAAUUCUCCUUAGACCAAUAACGGGUGUGACUAGGAUUAUGUCGACCAUGGAGUUGAAAUGUCGACUCAUCUGUAAAGACAAUUUUUCUAAGAAAAUCUUGAUUUUCAUUUGCCUUAUUAAUGACAGUUUCACAAAAAUCCAUUCGCCUGAUGUUGUCCUCAGGAUCAAUUUUUUGGGAGUUUCUUACUUUGUACGAACGAUACUUUUUUUUUCUGUGGCACCUAACCGUCCUUGUACUUGAGUCAAUAUCCUGCGCAAGCGCACGAGUCGAAAUAGUUGAAGUUUUGUUAACUAAUGCCAACAACCAACAACAUAAUUUAUUUGGCUUCUUGAUCCUCAUUAUUUUCCGGGACGUCAUUUCGUUUGGUUUCAGGGAGAAACACAACCGUAUUUUUGAAAAUUAUUAACAACCCUAGAAACUUUUUACUUGGUUGUCGCCAGGUUAGCGCUAAAUCGAUUUGUAAUUUUCUGACAUGCGGACGCCUGCAAAUUCGUCAGGUUACAUCCUAUAUACCUAGUAGCUUGCCCCUCACUGUAUAGAAAAUUUAUUGUGUAGUAAGUAUUUUACAAAAGAUGAUCAAAAAAUGAGAAAUUUAUCCUUCUGUAAAUACAUCUCACUCAUAAUUAACAUCUCACAACUUAAUGCUGAUGAGUAAAAAGGUUUUGAAUGUCUGUUUAUUUGAGUUUGUUAUUUUUAUUGUUGUUAUUCUGUUUAAUUUAAUAUUGUUUUAUAUAACUUCUAGGUUUUUCUGUUAUGUAUAUAUCAUAAUUAUUUUUUAAGAUUGAAUUCGUCAAAGAAAAUAUAGAGGCUGUGAUACAAAAGUAGGUAGUACUUAUAUAAUUUUCGCUUGUAAUACAUGAAUAUAUUUUUAACAACACAAGUGUAAUUAUUUUAUUUAAAAAAAUUGUCUCAAUUAACUUUUUUGAAGUUGAAUCUAAGCACUUGUGUUUCUUGAUUUAUUUAAGUACCGAACGAACUGCAGCCAUAAAUCUUCAUAGUCCAGUAAAAACAGCUUGUGACUUGAGAGGCAAUAUUUUAAUACAAUUAAAAACAUGGCCUUAUGAUAAUCUAAUGGGAGCAAUCGGAAUUUUGCAAAGCGCUAAGGAAAGAUGACAAUCUUGGUCUGUUCUAUUAUGCAAUCUUGAAUGCAUUUUCGAGAGCAGACCUUGACCACAGGUUGAAGAUUCUAAAGGAACUUGUGAGGAAAUGUUGAAUUCAAUCUGAGCAUUAGGAGCCGAUAAUGAGGCUUUUCAGUCGAAAAUUGGUAGAAAGGGAGAGUGAAGUUUUUCGUAACGUUGGCGAGCCAGUGGAUGGAUCAAAAAAAGUGGUAGAAGAGAGACAUAAUAUUGUGAUAUAUGGUGACAACUUGGCAGGUGGUAACUUUCGAAGUAUUCUGGAUAGUUUCCUGGGCCUGGGCAGGAAGUUCAAGAUAUUAUCAUCAAUCAUUAGGGCAAAUGCAUUCAUGGAGGAUAUUGUAAGUGUAGCAUUCGCGCCAAGUACUCUAUUAUUUAGGUUAGUUGGUAAAUUGCGAGCGGUCGUUUUUGAUGGUAAUUUUUUCUUGAUGGGCGGCUACUGAAAAAUAAAAUUGUGG